GCUUGUAAUAAAGCAUUCACGCUCACAGCCGCUCUUCUUCGUGUGUCGUAGCCCGCAGGAAGUUCUUCUCCCGGUCUCUGUGCGGUGCCCGGACGUUAGCCUUCCCAAGGUCGUCCACAGUCGCAGUUUCCGUCGCCGGCGUCGUGUCUCUCUUCAGCUUCUCCGGCAAGCAAAGACAGCGGCGGAACUACGUUAGCAACAGAGGGGGCAUAGAACUUUAUUUACUUACUCGUGCUUCGUUAUUUCUUUUGGUUUUUCGAGCAGGACAGCGGUGCUUCUCAGCUAAAAUUUCAGUUGUUCUGCUCUCUCUACCUCGAUCAUGGGUGCCAUAGAGGUGAAGGGAUGGUUUGUUGGUCCAUUCAUGAGCAAGAUCAUCAACGGGUGCUCUGAUUACCUGGAAAAGCAAGUCGGAUGGCAGACGGGCAUGAAUAAGGAGCUGGAAAGCCUGCGAAAAAACCACCCCAAGAUCCAAGCUGUCGUCUUUGCCGCUAACCAAGCACAAAUUAGCGAUCAGAACCACCCUAUCAACAAAUGGAUAUGGGAGCUGCGAGAUGCUCUUGAUGAGGUCAAUGAUGUGCUCGAUGAGUUUGAGUACAUGAAGCAUAAACAACAGCUGACCAAAAACAUGGAGGAAACAGAGGAAAGAACGGCAUUUUCCAACGUGAGCUUUCUGGUUGACGGUUUACGCAUAGCUGGCGAACGUGCUCUCAAGAUUGAUCCCAGAUUGAAGGGGCUGGAGGAGGUUGUGCAGAAACUACAUAACGUUUCAGCUGGGUUUAGUAAUUUUCUUCCUCUUCUAGAUAUCGCAAAGCAGGGGCAGCAGGAGCAGCAGCGUCAGUUGUCCGAAGCACGUGAAACGGGAUGCCUGCCUACUACAAAUGAUCUCAUCGGGCGGAGCAAGGAUAUGGAGUCUGUUAAGCAGUGGUUGAGGAAACCAUCAAAUAAGCCUCGGACAAGUAGGUUCAGAAACAUUUCUCUUCUAUCUAUAGUGGGCCAUGGUGGUAUGGGGAAAACAACUCUCUUGCAGCAUGUCUAUGAAGAUGAAAUGACAAAGGAAUUUGAUCUUAAACUGUGGGUUUGCGUUUCCAACAACUUUGAUGUGAAAAAAGUCAUUGCAGAUAUGUUAUCAACUCUUAAGAAGGAGAGGCCUCGUUUGGAUGACACACUUGAUGCACUUCAAAAGAGUCUCAAGAAUAAGGUGAAGUCCAAAAGGUUCUUAUUGGUCCUUGAUGACGUUUGGGAAGAGGAGGAGAAACGGGAUAAAAGUAAAUGGGGGAUUGUGCUCGCCCCUCUAGCUUACGGGGAUUUUGGUAGUAAGAUUCUGGUAACAACUCGGACGGACUCAGUUGCAUUGAUGUUUGAAGAAGUGAUUCUAGAAAAGACUGAAGCAUUGAGAUUAGAAGGCUUAGAGGACGAAGAAUGUUUGGAGCUCCUCAACACCCAUGCAUUUGCUGUAGACAAUCUUGAUGAUAAGAGAAAAUUAAAAUUAAUUACUGCAGAGAUAGCUAAAAAGCUUUCAGGGUAUCCAUUAGCAGCAAAGGUCAUAGGCGGUAUUCUAAUGUCUAAGUUGGAUGAAGAGCAUUGGAGAAGAGUUUUAGAUUCUGUUCUUGAAAUUAUUAAAUCGGGUGACAAUAUUAUCAUGCCCAUCUUAAGAUUGAGCUAUGUACACCUCCCAGAAUGUCUAAAAAGUUGCUUCACAUUUUGUUCUAUAUUCCCACAAGAUUAUGAAUUUGAUAAAGAUGCUUUAGUCCGACAUUGGAUUGCAUUGGAUUUUAUUCAACAGUCUCAUAUUCAAGGAGAGAUUAUGGAGGAUAUCGGAGGAAGGUAUUUUGAUGUUUUGGUUAAAAAAAAUUUCUUUGACAAGUUUGGACGAUACUACAAGAUGCAUGAUUUAAUACAUGAAUUGGCACAAUCAGUUUCUAUACAUGAAUGUUUAAGAGUUGAAGAUGGUACAAAGUUUCCUUCUAUAAUUCCUAAGACUCUUCGACACUUGUUUGUCAAAACUACAUAUCCAAACAUCAUAAAAAAGAUUGGGCACUUUGAACAUUUGCAUUCUCUUUUCUUGUUCCAUUAUGCUUCUAAUCAGGAUCUUUUCAAUGCACUUAUUGAAAUAUUCAAAGCAUGGAGAAGCCUACGCUUAUUAUACAUAUGGGCUCUAGAAGACUUGAAAAUAAUACCUGAGGAGAUUGGAAAUUUGAUGCAUCUUCGAUAUUUAAAGAUUGAAGCUGAUCAUUUAACUAUGCUGCCAAGAUCUCUCAGUAAUCUGUAUCACUUGCAAUACAUAAUCUAUGAUGGGUCAAUAUGGGUCAACCUAUAUAAAGGUGAUGACUUUGUACCAAGUGACAUUAAUAAUCUUUCUAAUUUGCGGUAUGUGGAAUUGCCUAAGAAUUAUAUUUCAUCGAUACGUGGGAUUGGGAAGUUAAACUCACUUCAAGAACUGGAUAUGUUUGAUCUUAGAGAUGUGAGUGGUUAUAGAAUUGGGGAGCUGGAGAAUAUGAAUGAUCUUUGCAAAUUAGGAAUCAAUUACCUUGAAAAUGUGAAGAACGUUGAGGAGGCUUGUAGUGCCAAAUUAUGUGCCAAGAGGAGGCUCACAGAUUUGACCUUAUGUUGGUGUAACACUUAUUCAACGGACAAUAUCGAUUUUGAUGAUUCUGAUGAUUCUUAUGAUUUAGAUGAGAAUUAUUAUGAUGUUUUACAUGAAUACGUUUUCGACAACCUUCAGUCACCAGAAUGUCUAAGGAAUCUGAGCAUAAAUAAUUACAUAGGUACAAGAUCCCCAAUAUGGAUGAACAAUGUCAAUCCGAUCUCCAAUCUAGAGAAAAUCGAAUUGACAUUUUGCAGGGAUUGGGAAACUCUACCUCCUUUCGGGAAACUUCGCUUUCUCAAAUCUCUAAAACUUUGUUUCAAUAUGAAAGUAAAAUGGCUCGAAAGUAAAUUUAAUGGGAAUGAAAAAUACGAUGCCUUUCCAUUGCUAGAGGUGUUACAUAUUAGCUACUUGGAUGCAUUAGAGGAUUGGUUUGAGGCAGGAGUAGCUGCUGAAGAUGGAUGUUUGUUUCCUUGCUUAAUUGAACUGAAGAUAGAUGACUGCCGGAAGUUGAAAGAGUUGCCCUCUUUUCCUUCUAAGCUGAAGAGCUUGCAGAUACGAUAUACGGGGUGGAAGACUUUGAAUUUUUGUAGCAUUUCAAAUUCUAUUCCUCUUGAGACAUUAGAGGUCCUUCAUUGUCCAAAUAUUACAUCUCUUCCUCUGGCUGAUGAAAUAGCAAGAUUUGCAGCACCAAGAGACUUGAGAAAUUAUCCAGAAGCGGAGACCAGUAAUAAUUGCCAUCUCAUGCUCAGCUAUCUUAGCAUAAGUGAUCCAUCCGUGUUGCUAAUGGAGCCAUUUAGAAAUAUCGCCUCCUUAAAAACGCUGAGUAUUGAGUAUAAUGAUGAGGUGGUUUCAUUUCCAAAUGAGGCGGAGCAGUGGUUUCUGAAAGUUAGUUCUUCUCUUUAUGAGCUGCGAUUUUCAGAUCUCGAAUCCUUACGGUCUCUCCCUUCCUACUUGGAAAGCUUAUCUUCACUUCAGAACCUAUAUAUUGAUGCUCCUAACCUUCGUGAAUUGCCGAACCUUCCUCCCUCUUUGAAAAGACUAACACUUCGGAGUUGUCAUCCAGAGUUAAAGGAGCGCUAUCGUAAGGAUGGAGGCUCCGAUUGGCACAAGAUUGCUCACAUUCCUCAUAUCGAUUAAGCAAUCUUAUAUAUGGAAUGUGUAGAAUGCAAUAUCAGCAUUAACCAGUUUGUAUAAUUUGAUGGACUUAAUUUUAUUUAUGUAUGACUUGAUGGUCCCUUUAUAUAUAAAUAUGUCUUUUUUUU